ACAUCAUGAACGGAAAUUCCCAGUUUAUCACAGAAUCAAACAACAAUACCGGUGAGAUACUAAAGGUGAUGGUCACCGGAGGUGCAGGCUACCUAGGAACUACCAUUGUACCUAUGCUUCUAGCUCGUGGCCAUGAAGUCAAGAUCUAUGAUCGUCUUAGCUGGGGUGUCCAGUCUAUCCUAUCAAUUGUAGGGUCACCUAAGCUCACAGUGGUGCGUGGAGACAUCCGAGACAAUGACAAACUGGCCAGGGAGAUGCAAGACUGCAACGUUGUCAUCCAUCUAGCUGCCAUCGUUGGUUACCCAGCCUGCGAGAAGGACCCUGAUGAAGCCAAGGAAGUUAAUGAAGAUGGUACAGCCAACAUCGUCAAGAACCUCAGACGGGACCAACAGCUUAUUUACUCAUCCACAGGCUCCUGCUAUGGAGCGGUUGAUGGCACCUGCACCGAGGAAACGCCCAUCAGUCCUUUAACCCUCUAUGGAAGCACCAAGGCCAAAGGAGAAGAGCUGACCAGAUCUGUUGGUGGUGUUGGACUUCGGCUGGCUACUGUAUUUGGCAUAUCUCCAAGGUUACGUCUUGACCUCCUGAUCAACGACUUGACCCACAAGGCUGUUACCUUGAAGCACUUUGACCUCUACCAGGGUAGCUUCCGAAGGACCUUCCUGCAUGUGAGGGAUGCUGCUAGGGCAUUCCUUAUUGCCAUGGACAACUAUAAAACCAUGAGUGGCCAGGCGUACAACGUUGGCCAUGAAUCCAUGAACAUGACCAAGAGGGAUGUGGCUGAUACCAUUCAAGAUCUUGUCCCAGAGUGCAAGAUCACCACUUCCAACAACGGAGAGGACAAGGACAAGCGGGACUAUGAGGUAUCCUAUGCAAAACUGCGCAAGCUUGGCUUCAAACCCACUAUCACGGUAAAAGAUGGUAUCAAGGAACUGCUCAAAGUGGUUCCGCACAUGACUGAGAAUGAAGUCCGGAUUGCACGUAAUGUUUAAAUAUCAUGUGUGUGAAAUAGAGUAGAUGUUAGGCUGUAUAAGAGAAAGCAGAAUUUAUGACUUGUGACCCAAAGAUCAGUAGAUAUCAACAGGCAAUACUGUGUGAUAACAUGCAUUUUUGGAAUAAGAAUACAGAUAUGCAUUGUUUAAAUUGCAAUAUUCCAAGGUUUGUAAAGGUUUCCAAAUCAUGUUAUAUUUUUAUACAUGUAUGCUUUUUCAAUAAACCUUUAUUCAAAAAUUUGUCCUACAAAAAAAUUGGCUGUAUCUCCUUGCUAAUGAAAAAAGUGUUAAAUUGCUUAUAAUAUUAAGGAAUUCUAAGCAGGUCCACGUCACCUCUCUCGCCCCAUCUAUGUGCCCCCCCCCCCACCACAAAAUAAAAUGAAAUACUGCAUGACUAUAGAGUUUUUCAAUUACAGGACAGACAUAUCCCCCCCUGUUUAUGCAUUAAAAAGAAAGCACAUUUUAAUUGCCCUCUUUUAUCAUCACAUUGUAUUAGAAUGUUUUGAGGUUGUAAAAGACCUCCAAGAUGAAGGCUAGGAGACUGCUACGGUAUAGAGGACGUGACACAACAUUUUCAUCGGGUUAGGGUUUGGGUUACAGUAGGGGUUUUAUGUUAGGUUUAGGAUAGGGUAUAGUGUUAAAUCCAGUUUUGAAGUUUGUCAUUCCAUUAGUAUAAAGAAUUUACAACAGAGCAAUUGUUGACAGCAAAUGUCAUGGAACCUGUAGAGGUGAUAUUGAACCAUGUGACUUCAAUUAGACAAGUGUAAGGACAAUUGAAGCAGCUUUUCAAAUAAUAACUACAACAUUCUGGCAUUAUUGAUUUUGUUUCCCCUGUAUAUUAUGGUACAGGUUAUCUCUUUUUCCUAAAGAAACUAAUCAAUUUUGCUUUUUCUAACAAAAGCAGCAUUAUUUUUAUAUCUUGUUCAUUGUGGAAAUGAGAGAACAAAUAAUGUCAAUACCCUAUUGCAUUUAUUUUCUGUUACAUGAAAUAUGAAUUAAUUAUUUCCUUUUGCAAUGGAGAAUAUAGUUUGACUUCAAUCAAUCAAUUCUGUCAAGAGUCUAUAUUUUGAUGAAAAUUUGAUGUUCGAUAAUAAAUGGUGAGUGUAUGACACCAUCAUCUCUCUCAUUUCCACAUAUCACCUUUAAUGUGUUUAUCACUACUUUGUGGAAACAAGAGAAAUUUAUAUUCAAAUCAUCUUACAAGUCUUUUAAAAGUAGGGCCAUAAUCCUAGAAUCCUCAGAAUAAUCCCAAUCAUAACCCCCACCCCCAAAUAAAAAUAUAGAAAAAUUAAUAAUUUAAAUGAUAAAAAAUGAAGUAUUUUGGAUAAAAAAUCUGUUCUGCUAUAGGGCAUUGCUUUGGGUUGCUCUUAAAUACAUGUACGUACGGACCAUGGUCAUGUUUCAUAAAGACUUCUUAGAAUAAAAAAAUGCAACAAUUCUACAAUCAGCCAAUUAAAUUGAAUGAAUUCAGUAGCUUUAAGCUGUUAAGUCAUAAGUUUUAUGAAACAGCACCUGUAUUGAAAAAAAAGGUGAUACGAAAAUGCUACAGGUAUUUCUCUCUGAGUUCUUGGCUCUAUUCACUGCAAAAUUUGCUCAACCCUUAUUUAUUUUAUAUUUUGCUUACCAGUGAGCAUUAGAAGUAAAACUGUCAAAUAACAAGGGGAAACAUGAAUAAUAGUUCACAUUUCAAUUGUUCAGCUUUCAUAAUUCUCUAGGCCGUGUCAAAUGGCUUCGGUAAGAUUUUCGCCUUUGUAAAACCACAAUUGAUUGAAUGGAUCAUGCAUCAUAAAAGUGAAUUGGUUGUGGCUAUAAAUGGUUCAGUGCAUGCCCUUUUAAAUAUUUGUGUAGGUGUCUAGUGUAUUAUGAAAAAAAGUGUAUGUGAUUAUCUCUUGAAAUGUUUAGGGUGAAUGCAUAACAAAUUUAGUAUUUGCUUUAAGGUUAACCUUAAUACUUUAGUGAAGUUAUGUUGGAACCCCCCCCCAAAAAAAAAAAAAAAAAAAAACAGGAAAAUCUGCCAACCAUCUGGCAAUAAGGAAGAAUUCAGAUGUUCAUCAAAAUUUGGAGAAAAAAAAAAUUUCACUAAAUUCUGCAUGUAUAUCUAAAAUUGGCAAAAUGAUAACAGCAAAACAUCUUUCUUAUUUUCAACAUUUACAGUAAUUACACAUUUUUUUCUUAAUCUGUUCAGAUUAUCCAUACGCCAGUUCAUAGUUCCAUAUUGCGCAUGAUCAGAGGAAGGUCAUUUGUACUAAAGUGAUAUGGUGGUUUAAUAUUUAUUGAGAUAAGCACCAACUUUGAUCUCUUGAUUAUUCAUUAAGUUCUUUUGAUUUGUGUUGUUUACUAGAUCACAAAAAACAACAUUGCAUCCACUAGCGACUGGUAUUUAAAAGUUGGCCAAGUACAUUGUUAUAACAGCAUGCUAUUAUGCAUUCAAAGUAGAAAUGCAACAAAUAUCUUCAUAGAGUGUUCAUUGAUGUGCUAUUCUAGUCACCCACAUUUCCCGUUGUUUUUGUUCCAGAUUUGUUCAUAUAUUCAUUAAGUUCUCUUUUACGUGUCCCCUAAAAUCAAAUCAACUUGAUGUGACUGUUGGAUUUCCCUUUGAUAAUGAUUGCACUCAUAAUAUCGAUUGUAGUAUUUCAUUCAAUCUUGCUUUUGAAAUGUAUAGUAGCAAUCUUGAGCACAUGUAUUAACCUUUUGCAUGUAUUUUCUAUUUUUUUAUGUUGAAUAACUAUAAACUUUCUUCCAUAUACAUGUAUUUGUAUCACCCUUGCUUCUUCAGGAAGACAGGUACUUUUUAAUAAACAUUUCCUAAUAUGAACAGAAACUAGUAAUGUGAGAUUUUUAACCCAAUUCUAUUUCAUAAUUUUUGAAAAAUUAUUUUAUUUGCUUGAAUGUGCCAGCAAACAGUAACUACUUUUGAAAGAAGUUCCGCUUGCAUGAUUCAAGUUUUUAUCUUUGUAUUUUCUUGCAUAAUUUAUUUCUUAGUUUUCACUUUAACUUUGUUAACUCGAGUUGCAAUUUUCCUAUGUAUACAAUCAUUAUUACCUUUGAGUAAUAGUUUAGCCGAUAAUUUAUACACGUGUAGAGUUUAUAUUUUUGGCUGUAGUGUAGUUUAGAUUGAAAUAGGCGACAGUUAUGAUUUUCUUUAAGAGCACCUGUGAGUCUUUUCUUGUACAUGAUUUUGCACCUCAUCUCAGCAAUAUGUAAUUACCUUUUAUUAUACCAUAUCGAAUUGAUUUAGUAGAGGUACGUGAGACCAAGGAGCUUCAAACAGAAGCUCCUUGGUGAGACAGCUAUUUACUCAAAUUUUUAUCCUACCCUUUUAGGUGUGAUUUUAUUACCAGAGAGACAGAGAAAGAAGAAUUUAGGUGUAAUCUUUCUCUGUCUACAUCAGUUCUUAACUCUUCCUUGGAUCAUGCUUUGUUAGAUAAUUCUGUGUUUCUUCACCAUGAAGUGAUAGUCUGGUUAUUUACCAAAAAAUAAACAGUAAUGGAAUGUUGCUUUGUAUUUGUGUUACAAAGAACCAAAAUAUCUUACGUGCCAUACAUCAAUGCGAACAUUUUAAUGUUUUUUUAAGUGUUUCUUAGGGUAAUGAGAACUAAUAUAUGUAUCUAUUGAGAAAUUAUGGUAAUUGUAGAUACGUCGCUAUUUGUGUGUCCAUAAGAAAACAAAAUAAUAUUGCACUUUAUCUUGGA